AUGAAGUUCGCCCAAAUUCUUGUUGCAGCUGCUGCAGUUUCUGCUUUCAACGCUGAAUUCCGCAAACCAAAGAAAUCAAAACAUGUUGAGCCAACGUCUACUUUGACUUUGACUUUCACUUCAACGUCUGAAGGGAUUGUUACUUCUAAACACCAUGAGAAGCCAUCUCAUACUAAGAAGGUGAAAACAUCCACAACCCUAGAGCCAACGCUAACCAGUGAAGAGACCACUCCAUGUGAAGAGACUACUACUGAAGAGGAAAUUACUACUGAAGAGACCACUCCAUGUGAAGAGACUACUACUGAAGAGACCACUCCAUGUGAAGAGACCACCACUGAAGAGGAAAUUACUACUGAAGAGGAAACCACUCCAUGUGAAGAGACCACCACUGAAGAGGAAACCACCCCUUGUGAGGAGACUAUCACAUCUACAAGUGCAGGGGAAGAGACCAUCACAUUAACCAGCACGGAGAAAGAAACCACUACAAUAAGCAGUGCAAAGGAGACUACUCCGUGCGAAGAGACCACCACACGGGAGGAAACCACCACACAGGAGGAAACCACCACACAAGAGGAAACCACCACACAGGAGGAAACCACCACACUUGAAGAGACUACUCCUUGUGAAGUUGAAUCGACUUCUUCAGAGGAAGUUACCACUACUCUGACUUCGACAUUGCUAUUCACAUCUACUUCUCUUGGUGAACCAUCCACUGAGCUGUCUACACACGAUGAGACAACCAUUCCACACGGACCAUCUACUACUCAGGUCAAACCACCACAUUCUUCUGCCCCAGUUGUUCCAGUUAUCCCGGCCAACACUACAGUUAUCUCGGUUAUUACAUCCUGUGUACCAGGCUAUCCAUGUACUGGUCCAUCUGCUCCAUCUGCUCCAUCUGCUCCAUCUGCUCCAUCUGCUCCAUCUGCUCCAUCUGCUCCAUCUGCUCCAUCUGCUCCAUCUGCUCCAUCUGUUCCAUCUGUUCCAGUGCAGCCAGCAGUCCCUGGUGCUCCAAGUACUCCGUCUGGCCCAAGCACGCCAGAAGUUGUUCAGGUGUGCUCAGAAGGUCAACCAUGUGAGACUAACAUCACAACACCUGUCGUUCCACCAUUCACCGGUGCUGGUGUCCAACUGGCCGUUGCAAAUGUUGCUGGUAUCGCUGCCAUUGUUGCCUUCUUGAUUUAAAUGUUGCAAACAAUCCCUACA